CCGCAGGCCCCCUCAUACCCUGAGUAUGCUAGGAUGCUAUCAGGUGUGGACUAUGCGUACGCAUACUGCGUUUUCCCUUCCACACUCCCGCCUCGGGAAUACGUUCAAUGUAUAAUGGAUGUAGCCAUGGUGAUAAACUACGCAAAUGAUAUAUGAUUGUCAUACUACAAAGAGGAGAUCCAAGGCGAUACUGCAAACUACCUGUCGCUCAUGGCAGCCUCUCGUGGUCUUAACAAACAGGACGCUCUCCGGAAACUCAUCGAGAAAACCGUACAACUACAUCACGGUAUCCUCGAAUUCCUGAGACCGCGUCCUGAGGCAUAUGACGCCUAUGUCGCAUUCUUCAAUGGGUAUUUCAAAUUCCACACUACCUUUGGAAGGUAUAAGCUGGAGGAGAUCAUGGAGAAGAGGUCGUCUUCUUGAUGGAUACCUUUCUUAUGGUAUUUCUCAACUUUUCCUCUAUGUUGAUUACAUCUUAAAGUAGAGUGAUAGCUAUCACGUUUGUACCCUGUUCUAUGUCUGCCAGGCGCCAUUCGAUUACCUGUCGCUUUGGCUUUUCGUACUCCGUCCAGUUCAAUCAAGCAGUUUUAUGAGAAUUUUUUCCAAUGUACUUUGUAAUGUAUGUA